AAAAGAAAGAUUAAUGUUCUUCAAUUCUUAGAGAGAAAGAGAGAGAUGUUGGAGGGAAAGGGUUUGAUAGAAGACACAGACAUGCCUGUUAAGAUGCAGAUUCAAGCCAUGGCUGCCGCUUCCCAAGCUUUAGAUCUCUACGAUGUUGUUCACUGCAAAUCCAUUGCUGCCCACAUCAAAAAGGAAUUCGACAAGAGAUAUGGAGGCGGUUGGCAAUGUGUGGUUGGAUCAAAUUUUGGUUGUUUCUUCACUCACACAAAAGGCACUUUUAUCUACUUCACAUUAGAGACACUCAACUUCCUCAUCUUCAAAGGUUCUUCUUCUCCUUGAAUUGGGUUUUUCUUCUACAACCCUAUUUUCUAUGU